UCUACAGCCACACCCAUUGGAGCUCCACCUGUCAGCGCAGCCUCAGUUGCAUCACUUCUACUUUAUUUAAGAACAGACAAACUCAUUUGUGUUCAGAUUUAUAUCUUGGUAGAUGAAGCAUUUAUUCUUGGUCAAAGGAAAUACAUAUCGAAACUGACACGCAGCCAUGCAUGUGGACAGAAGUAGCUGGUCCUGGACCAUUGUUGUCCUGCUCCUGGUGUCUCUGCAGGAAAACAUCAUGGUGGUGACCCAGAGUGAGCAGGUGGAAGAAGUCCGAUUGGUGGGCGGAAGUCACAGGUGUGAGGGCAGGCUGGAGGUGCAAUACAAUGGCAGGUGGGGCACAGUGUGUGACGACAAAUGGGACAUGGUGGACGCGGAUGUGGUGUGUCGACAGCUGGGCUGCGGAUCUUCAGAGUGGUUAAACUCCAGGUUUGGUCCAGGCACAGGGCCGAUCCUGCUGGACGAUGUGGGAUGUACAGGAAAUGAAACAAGCAUCAGUGAAUGUCCGAAUCUGGGCUGGAAUGUCCACAACUGCAGCCAUUAUGAAGAUGUGUCUCUCACCUGCAAAGAAGAAGAUACGACUGAAGAUAAUGGGGCUUUGAACUCACCACAUUAUGAGAAGUUAGACUCAGGAGAUGGAGGAGUACGUCUGGUAAAUGGAAAUAAUCCAUGUGAAGGUCGUUUAGAGGUCUUCUACCAGGGAAAUUGGGGAACAGUGUGUGACGAUGAUUGGGAUCUUCGUGAUGCCAACGUGGUGUGCAGGCAGAUUGGCUGUGGACAUGGCGUGGCUCUGCACUAUAGUUCAGUCUUUGACCACGGCACCGACCUGAUUCUCCUGGACAAUGUCAACUGUCAUGGGUCGGAGUCCAACCUGACUGAAUGCAGUAGCAUGGGCUGGCUUAGACACAACUGUGGACAUCACGAGGACGUCGGUCUCACCUGCAGUGGCACAUCAGGGAAUAGGCUCAUCGUAUCUCUCAUUGAGGACCUACUCCACUCUCUGGAGACACAGACAGGAGCCCCUAAUCCCAGCAUAUACCUGGCUUUAAGGCUCUCUGCUCACCACAACCUGUCCAUGGAAAGGGCCUAUCUCGAGAGGCUGUUGAAUGAGAUGCCCGGUCAAUUGCAAAACUCCACCAGGCCCGUGACUGGCCUUUUGGCCCUGUUCAUUCUGUCUCUAAGGGCCUCCUGCCAUGAUCUAGAUAUAGUUCUUCCCCACAUCAAUGGAGGGACAGCAUCACUGCUGACACAUAUGGAGAGGCAGAUGCAUCUGGAAACAAUGAAAAUUCAUGACGACAAUGUCCCCUUGUCCAACUUUUACCAGUAUUCUCUGGGAGUGAUUGCUCUUUGCACAGCUGACAUCCAGGUCGACAGAGACUUUACUGAAGCACUCAUCAAUGCAGUGGAGCAACAGCAAUUCACACAUGGAGAUUAUGUGAGCAUUGAUACAUAUGCUUUGGCUGGUAUUGCCCUCCAGUGUGUGGAGGACAGUUUAUUUCCUGUAUACAAUGGUACCAAACUGGACACAGCCCUUAGCAAGAUCAAGGGAACAAUUUUGGACUCACAAAGACCUGACGGCCAUUUGGGCAAUGAGUUCAGCACUGGAAAUGCAGUUCAGGCUUUAAUAGCAAUGGGCAGUUCUGCUGUGGAGUUUAUCGGAGCAAAUAGGGCCAUAUGGAGCGCAGUUAGAGGAAACGUCUACCACAACCCGAUGGGCAUAUCUCAGAUUCUGCCAGCUCUCCAGGGGACAUCCUACCUGACAAUCAAAACAAUGACAUGUCUCAACGAGGAUGAUUCUGUGGUGGUGGAGCCCUUAGAACCUGUUGUGGUUUUACCAAAUGAGAAUACAGUGGGUGUGGCAGUAGAAGUGGUGAUGUCUAAUGGAAGUGGGCAUCACUAUCUGGUUGAUGUGCCGUUGAACAGCACUUUGCUUCACACGCUUGAACUCCUCCAGGAGGCAAAUGUUGGCUUCACGUUUGGCACGACACCCUCCCUGUGGGGACCGUAUCUCAGUGUUGUGAAUGGAGUGGAAGCACUGUCAAGUGAACGCCAAUACUGGCACCUCUCAUCUAAUGGUGUUUCAUUGACAGAGGGUAUUGGUGAUUACAAGAUCGAGUAUGGACAAACUAUCACCAUCGCAAUGUCAUCCUACUGAUCAAAAAAUGAAAAACAAAAAGAGGAAAAUUUCAGAAUCAGAAAAUGUUCUUGUCAGAAAUCAAAAGUGGAUUCUUCUUGGGGUUUUGUUUUCUUUAUAUUAUUUUGUCUAUCAUUUUAUCUCUAUCUGUCUUUGAUUUGUGAAUCAGUAAAUAAAUUUUGCAGCAUCAUAAA